AUGUACCUAAGCCCACUGCAGAUUCGUUUUAGCCAGGAUUCUAUUGCCAAUACAUUUGGUCGUUGCACAUCACACUCAUUUAGACCCAUAGGAAAGACAUUAGACGAUAUUCUAUCCGGGCGAUGCAAUGUCAACUCCAUACCCAAUAUUUCUGUAAUGUACAAAAAUGGUCAUUGGUUCACAGCAGACAACAGAAGAUUGUGGGUGUUCCAGGAGGCAGAGAAGCGAGGAAAAUGCGGCGAAAUAUUUGUCCGGGAAAUAGCCCAUAUAGAUUAUGAUAAAUUUACCACUACGAACAAUGGUGAAUCCAUAUAUGUUCGAGGAAAUCCGGGAGGUUCUUUAUGGAGAAGCAUGCGUGGAGUACGAAAGAAACCAUUAAAAUCCACUGAAUUCAAUUCUACGAUGUCUGCAAAAUCUUUCACGAAUUCUUCUGUCACGUUGACCGCCGAGAUACCCUUCAGGCAAAAGAAUCAAGAAAUCGGUUUUCGUUCAGAGAAUUGUGAACAAAAUGUUGUUACAAACAGUGAUUUAGUAUUACAGAAACCGUUGGGACACGAUUCACCUUCAGCAGAUGUAACUUCAUGUUACAAAGAAAAUGUUUCUAUAGAAGUAGAGCAAAUAACAAGAGAAGAAAGUGAGGAACAAUCUUCCAUUUCCAAUUCAGAAAUAAGAAAUACCGGACGUCCAAACUCUAUGUCUGACUGUCGUGACGUUCAUGGAAGGACUAUCGAAGUUAGGAUUGACUUUACCCAAUUAUCAGACAAUGACAUGAGAAGGAUAAGUACAAAUUUAAACCUGGAGAAACUUUCAUCUUGGAAUGGGGGUAAAUAUUUAAGUGUGGGGGGAGUUAUUUGUAUUUCGCUUAUGGUAUUAGCAUUAUUCUUGAUUGUGCCGUGUCUGAUAUUCUUUUACUUUAGCAAAGUCUGGUGAAAUAAAAAGAAAUUAGGUUCCAGAUCAUCGAUAAUAAAAUGUGAGACCAUUUGCGUUUUGUGUAUGUUUAGAUUCAAUUGACUUUAAAGCAAUACUAGCUGUCAUUUUUUGUGUCGAAAAUUUUUGUUGCAAAAUUGUGAUUUACUAUUUCAAUGCCAGAAAAAAAAGGUUUACAAACUUUUGCUAAAAUUAUUUGUGUUAGAAAACCUAUUCAGAGGCUCUGAAUGAAGAAAAAAUUAUAUUAUUGUUUUCCCGUAAAAAUGCUAUUUAUUCAAUAGAACCGAAAUCUUUACUUUGAUAAAAUCAUAGUUCUAUUUUACCAGUUGCUGUGGUUAAAGCUACACAUAGCACAUUUUUACAACAAAAUAAAAUUUUCAGAUUUAGAGCUAAUAUUACUUUAAAACGUUCUAUUUAACCAUACGAUUUUUAAAGCAUAAGUGAUGUAUUUUUAGAAUGGGUAAAAUCCCAGUUUAUAUAUGGGAUAGUAAGCAAGAUCGUUUCCUGAAAACGGUGGAUUAUAUUUAACUAAGAUUAGAUUAUAGAUUCUACUUUUAUACUCCGGUGAUUCUUUGAACUUAUAAAUCACGUGGAUUGAUCUCAUGUUUCUUAUACACCCUCUAUAUUGAAAUUUUAACUAUUGUUAUUGGCAAGAUGCACUCAAUCCGAGUGUCAUAUCCUAAUUCUCACCAAGAGCGCGCUGUGUAUCGUCUGAAUUGCAGUAAGUUUGUAUUUUGGCUAAACCUUUCCAAUAUCUACGUGAUAUGUAAUGAAGCUAUGUGUAGGGGAUUUCUGAAGUGUUUUCAGGAAACAGAUAUGCAUUCGUAUGUCAAGCUGCUAGUUUCGUUUUCCCUUCCAAGAAAAUAGUCUAAUUAAACCGAACACAGGAUGUAAACUGUUCAGCUGGUAAUGCUAGAGUGACGUUUUAGUAUGGAACUAAAACCAUCAAAAAUACGGUACAGCCAAGACAGUAUUGCAAGAACGUUUGGCAAAAGUACGAGACAUCCUUUCCGUCCUAUAGGCCAAACUCUGGACGAUAUUUUGUCUGGACAAUGCAAUGUGAAUUCAAUCCCGGCCAUCUCUGUGGAAUUCAGAGGCGGACAUUGGUUCACUGCUGAUAACAGACGGUUGUGGGUUUUUCAGAAAGCAGAAGAACGUGGACGAUGUGAUAAAAUUUCGGUGAAUGUAGUAUUUGGCAUGGAUGAAACGAAGUUUACGACGACAAAUGAGGGGCGGUAUGUGUCUGUUAGAGGCGACCCAGGAGGAUACUACUGGAGAAGGUGCCCAAAGGUGAGGGGAAGAUCUACAGAAUAUAGUUAUGAGGGACUGUCCAGUUACAGAAGUCCAUCUCAUGUCAACAGACCUCCUAGUACCAGUAGUUUACAUGUUAAGCCGACUACAUAUGAAGCAUAUCCGGCCUAUCACACUAGACCCGCUUCCUAUACCCGGAACUACUCAACAUAUGACUAUUCUCAGCAGGAAGCUUCUCCAAACCAAAGGAACAGGUCGUCAGAGUCGACAACAAAUUCGAGUUUCUGGGAUCUGUGCAUUAUUUUGUGAACUGUUGUGAUGCCGCAGUUGAAAAUUGCAGUCAAUUAUAUUUAUUUUGUUUUAAUUAAAUUAUUUAUCUAUUAUCCAUGUUGAAAAACUUGUUUUAUGCACUAUAGACAGCAAAAAAUAAAGGGAUUACUGUGGAAUCUUUA